AUGUAUGCUAACUACAGUCCUGAAUCUCAUUCAAACACUAAGUUUGCAUACUGGAGCAAGCUUCUCCGCACAUUCGGCCAAAUUCAAUUCCAUUAUGCGGCGCAAGCAUAUCCAAGCCAGAUGUUGGCCGCCUCGCCCCAGAUGGUCUACCUGAAAUUUGCGGGCCGGCAACCUUCACUACACUACACGGAGGAUUCUUCUCUCAGAAUCAACAUGCCCCGGUCAGACAUCAGGGCUCAGGAUUGGCCAUCAUUAGGCCAGCUUGAUUGA